UUAUUGGUCGAAGUCCAAUAGGCCUAAAAAAAUCUGUUAUUUUUGAUCUAAGUGGUCGAAAACCCAUUAGUGUAAGAAUUUAGAGAGACACCGUAAAUACUUUUUAAACCUAAUUAUUUGCUUCCUACCAUCCAUAACACUUAUUUGACAAAAAAGAAAUUAGUAAAAGAGAGAAGCAAAAGCAAAGAGGAAAAUUUGAAGGAAUAUCUACAAAAAAUUGAGGAAAAACAAAGGGAGUCUCAGACUGUUUCUUCUUCUUUGGAUUGUGGAUUUCAUCUCCUACACACACAGAUUUAGUAAACUCAAGUUUUAGCAUUUAUUGAUGUGUUGUCUCUAGAUGAUCAGAGAAAUAUAGAGGUUGUUGUAUAAAGAAGCUCUUGUAUACACUUGAUACUAGUGAAUCGUUGAGAUUGUCAUCAUCUCCCCAGAUAUACCGAAAGAGAACUGAGUAACCAAAUCCUAUGUGUUUUUAACUAACUCAAACAACAACAAAAAGUGUGAUAAGGUUAAUUAGUCAAAUGAGAUAAACCGGUUAAUUGGUUAAAGAAAUUCUCAACAUUGAAAUUUAGUAUUUUUAUUAAUAGAAUCAGUUCAGUUAAUACACGUUUUCUGUGAAUUUUGUUUACUAAUCCUUUGUACUUUUUAUCGAUCAAUAUUACUUUGUUCGAAUUUGUAAGUAAAUUAUACAUUUAUCUUAAUAAUCUACACUAUUUGUAUUGUCGUUUAUUCAUGGAUCCCACCCAUCCCGGGGCUUCAUGCCGUCCUCUCUUUAAAGUCUCAUAGUUCAUUUUUCAAAACAAAAAAAACAAGGAAAAAGAAAUACAAACACUUAUUUUCCAAUACCCACUUUAUUUUUGUUAUUUAUUUAUUUAUACAAGAAUUUUCCAAAACACACUUACUUCAGAAAUAAUGUUGAACGUGGCAAUUUAUAUACAUGUGUCCAAUCCCUAACUAUACACAAAAGGUUUUCUUUUUCGAAUCUUCAUCGUUUCAGAAAUCCACACCCCUAUCAAGCCACACAUCUCCACUCAAUUUCCUUCUCAGUUUUUAUAUAACCAAACCCUUUCCUAACUUUUGUUGAUAAUUAGAAGCCUAAUGGACGCGUCAAAUGAGCAGACCACGGAGAGAACCGAUCUCCAACGACCAUUGGUGGACCAAAAACCACCACCCUCGGACGUCGGACUCGAGAGCCUUUUAACGGAGAAUAGCCUUCCGUACCCGAGGCGCGUCUACUUAGGCGCAUGUAUAGAACUGAAAAUACUUCUCAGGUUAGCACUUCCGGCGAUACUUGUCUAUAUAGUCAACAGCGGAAUGAGUAUCUCUGCUCGAAUCUUCGCCGGACAUAUCGGAAGCCACGAACUCGCCGCUGCUUCCAUCGGAAAUAGCUGCUUUAGUCUCGUCUAUGGCCUCAUGUUAGGCAUGGGAAGUGCAGUCGAGACUCUAUGUGGACAAGCAUAUGGAGCUCACCGCUACGACAUGCUUGGAAUCUAUUUCCAAAGAGCAACUAUUGUCCUCGCUCUAGUCGGUUUGCCCAUGACAGUACUAUACACCUUCUCGUACCCGGUUCUACUUGUGUUAGGUGAGCCCAAAAUGGUCUCGUACAUGGGUUCCUUGUACAUCGUCGGGCUUAUGCCUCAGAUCUUCGCUUACGCCGUCAACUUCACGGCUCAAAAGUUCCUCCAGGCCCAAAGCGUGGUCACCCCCAGUGCGUACAUCUCAGCCGCAGCCCUCUUCCUCCAGAUCUCGCUAACGUGGAUGGCCGUUAACAUGAUGGGCUUAGGUCUUAUGGGCAUCGCUUAUGUUCUGACUAUCUCUUGGUGGGUCAUAGGUGUGGCCCAGAUUUUGUAUAUUACGAGUAGUCAAAGGUUUAGACACACAUGGACUGGUCUUAGUUGGAGAUCGUUUCAUGGUCUUUGGAGUUUUUUCAAACACUCUGUUGGUUCUGCUGUUAUGAUCUGUCUUGAGAUGUGGUAUUCACAGAUUCUUGUUCUUCUCGCUGGUCUGCUUAAAGAACCUGCUCUCUCUCUAGAUUCUCUAUCCAUAUGCAUGUCAGUUUCAGCUUUAUCCUUCAUGGUCUCCGUAGGCUUCAACGCAGCUGCAAGCAUACGGACAAGUAAUGAGCUUGGAGCAGGUAAUCCAAAAUCGGCUUUGUUCUCUGCAUGGACGGCGACUUUUGUUUCCUUCGUGAUCUCUCUCGCAGAGGCCCUUGCCGUAAUAGCUUCACGUGAUUACAUCAGCUAUAUUUUCACGUCGGAGGCUGAUGUGGCUAAAGCCGUCUCUGACCUCUGCCCUUUUCUCGCCGUCACCAUCAUUCUCAACGGAAUCCAGCCAGUCUUCUCCGGAGUGGCAGUAGGAUGUGGAUGGCAAACAUUCGUUGCAUAUGUAAAUGUUGGUUGUUACUAUAUUAUUGGUAUUCCUGUUGGCUGUAUACUCGGCUUCGCUUUCAAUUUUCAAGCCAAGGGGAUAUGGACCGGGAUGAUUGGAGGUACCCUUAUGCAAACCCUCAUUUUACUGUACGUCACGUACCGAACAGAUUGGGAUAAAGAGGUGGAAAAAGCGAGAAAGCGAUUGGAUAUGUGGGACGAUAAGGAAUCUCUUCAAAAUUAAACGAGUCAUGGAUUUCAUGAAAAAUGUAAUUUAUGUUUCUAAGUAGCCAAAAAUUAAUAGAUUUUCAGAGUUAUUUUUAUUGAGAAUUUUAUUCAAAAAUCAGAAGCAGCCUAGUCACCCCUAGCUAGUAUUACA